AGUUGCGGUUGGGCCUUGGAGGUGUCAACAUCUCUCUCUCGCUCCUAUCUGCUAAGCCCUUCAUUGGUGGCCAGCCAGAGAAUGUCAGCUGCUGAAUUUCUGCAGGGUUCCUUCUGAUGCUCUCUCCCUCCUCCAUUCCCGCCUACACCCUAUUCUGGGCUUUGCUCAGCCAUGGCUGUCCGAGCCCCUGCUCCGCGGGGCGACGCCAGCGCCGAGAGAUACCUGUUUGUGGAUCGGAACCAGGUGGGCAACCCAGCCUCCCAGGCUGACUGGACGGCCAAGCGGCUGGUGUGGGUCCCAUCGGAGCGCCAUGGCUUUGAGGCGGCCGGUCUGCGCGAAGAGCGGGGGGACGAGGUGCUGGUGGAGCUUGCCGAGAACGGGCGUCAGGUGCUGGUCGCCAAGGACGACAUCCAGAAGAUGAACCCCCCCAAGUUCACCAAGGUGGAGGACAUGGCGGAGCUGACCUGCCUCAACGAAGCCUCUGUGCUGCACAACCUCAAGGACCGCUAUUACUCAGGCCUCAUCUAUACCUAUUCGGGGCUUUUCUGCGUGGUCAUCAACCCUUACAAGAACUUGCCCAUCUACACGGAACAGAUCGUGGAAAUGUACCGGGGCAAGAAGCGCCACGAGAUGCCACCCCACAUCUAUGCCAUCUCUGAGGCUGCCUAUCGGAGCAUGCUGCAGGACCGAGAGGAUCAGUCGAUCUUGUGCACGGGCGAGUCAGGUGCUGGGAAGACGGAGAACACGAAGAAAGUGAUCCAGUAUUUGGCCCACGUGGCUUCAUCGCACAAAGCCCGGAAGGACCACAAUGUGCCGACCUCCAACCCUGCUUCCUACGGUGAACUGGAACGUCAGCUGCUACAAGCCAACCCUAUCCUGGAGGCCUUCGGCAACGCAAAAACAGUCAAAAACGACAACUCCUCACGAUUCGGUAAAUUUAUACGGAUUAAUUUCGAUGUAGCUGGCUACAUUGUCGGAGCAAACAUAGAAACAUACCUGCUGGAGAAAUCGCGAGCCAUUCGCCAAGCCAAGGACGAGCGGACUUUCCACAUCUUCUACCAGCUCCUGGUGGGCGCCGGGGAGCACGUGAAAGGGGAGCUGCUGUUGGAGCCCUUCAAUCAGUAUCGCUUUGUCUCCAACGGAUACCUGCCCAUCCCAGGACAGCAAGACAAGGAGAUCUUCCACGAGACCAUGGAGUCAAUGCGAAUCAUGGGCUUCUCGCACGAGGAGAUACAUUGUAUGCUGCGGAUGGUCUCAGCCGUGCUGCAAUUUGGGAACAUUGUCUUCCGUAAGGAGAGGAACACAGACCAGGCCUCCAUGCCCGACAACACAGCUGCCCAGAAGCUUUGCCACCUCUUGGGCAUGAACGUCACCGAGUUCACCCGCGCCAUCCUUACCCCGCGGAUCAAAGUCGGACGGGACUAUGUGCAGAAGGCGCAGACGAAAGAGCAGGCUGACUUUGCGGUGGAAGCCUUGGCAAAAGCAACCUACGAACGCCUCUUCCGUUGGCUGGUGCAUCGGAUCAACCGGGCCCUGGACCGCACCAAGCGCCAGGGCGCCUCCUUCAUCGGUAUUCUGGACAUCGCAGGCUUUGAAAUAUUCCAGCUGAAUUCCUUUGAACAGCUCUGCAUCAACUACACCAAUGAGAAGCUCCAGCAGCUCUUCAACCACACCAUGUUUGUGCUGGAGCAGGAAGAGUAUCAGCGAGAGGGUAUUGAAUGGAACUUCAUUGACUUUGGCCUGGACCUCCAGCCCUGCAUAGACCUCAUUGAGAGGCCGGCAAACCCCCCAGGGGUGCUGGCUCUGCUAGACGAAGAGUGCUGGUUCCCCAAAGCCACUGACAAGAGCUUCGUGGAAAAAGUUACCCAGGAGCAGGGAACCCACCCCAAGUUCCAGAAGCCCCGGCAGCUGCGGGACAAAGCUGACUUCUGCAUUAUCCAUUACGCUGGCAAGGUUGACUACAAAGCAGAUGAGUGGCUCAUGAAGAACAUGGACCCCUUGAACGACAACGUGGCUACGCUUCUCCACCAGAGCGCAGACAAGUUCACGGCAGAGCUGUGGAAAGAUGAGAUCCAGAACAUACAGAAGGUCUAUUUCUUUGACAGCUAUGCCGUGGCAUCUCAGGGUCCAGCAGAAAUGGACCGAAUUGUGGGCCUGGACCAAGUGAGCGGGAUGGGAGACCUUGCCUUCGGCUCCUCAUACAAGACGAAGAAGGGGAUGUUCCGGACGGUGGGGCAGCUGUAUAAGGAAUCUCUCUCCAAGCUCAUGUCAACCCUGCGCAACACCAACCCCAACUUUGUGCGCUGCAUCAUCCCCAACCAUGAGAAAAGAGCUGGAAAACUGGAGCCACACCUCGUGUUGGACCAGCUACGCUGCAACGGAGUCCUGGAGGGAAUUCGCAUUUGCCGCCAGGGCUUUCCCAACCGCAUCAUCUUCCAGGAAUUCCGGCAGAGGUAUGAGAUCCUGACUCCAAACGCCAUUCCUAAAGGCUUCAUGGAUGGGAAACAGGCCUGCGAACGCAUGAUCAAGGCCUUGGAGCUGGACCCCAACCUCUUCCGCAUCGGCCAGAGUAAGAUCUUUUUCCGCGCUGGCGUCCUUGCUCACCUGGAGGAGGAGCGGGACCUGAAGAUCACAGAUAUCAUAGUCUCCUUCCAGGCAGCUGCCCGUGGAUACUUGGCCCGCAAAGCCUUCAUGAAAAAGCAGCAGCAGAUGAGCGCUCUCAAGGUCAUGCAGCGUAACUGCGCCGCCUACCUCAAGUUGCGCCACUGGCAGUGGUGGCGCCUUUUCACCAAGGUGAAGCCCCUGUUACAGGUGACCCGUCAGGACGAGGUGAUGCAGGCAAAGGCAGUGGAGCUGCAAAAGGUGCAGGAGAAACACGUGAAAACCCAAAUGGACCUGAAGGAACUGGAGAACAAAUACCAGCAGCUCUCGGAGGAGAAGGCCAUCCUGGCCGAACAGCUGCAGGCAGAGACAGAGCUGUUUGCCGAAGCCGAGGAGAUGCGGGCGCGGCUUGCGGCCCGGAAGCAGGAGCUGGAGGACAUCCUGCACGAGCUGGAGUCGCGGGUGGAAGAGGAGGAGGAGCGUUGCCAGCAGCUGCAGGGGGACAAGAAGAAGAUGCAGCAGCACAUCCAGGACAUCGAAGAGCAGCUGGAGGAGGAGGAGGCCGCCCGGCAGAAGCUGCAGCUGGAGAAAGUGAGCACGGAAGCCAAGAUGAAGAAGAUGGAGGAAGACCUGCUGGUGCUCGAAGACCAAAACUCAAAACUGCACAAAGAGAGGAAGCUGAUGGAGGAGCGGCUCUCCGAGUUCACCUCCCAUAUGGCAGAGGAGGAGGAGAAGGUGAAGAGCCUUUCCAAACUGCGCAACAAAUACGAAGCCGUCAUCGCCGACAUGGAAGAUCGGCUAAAGAAGGAGGAAAAGGGGCGCCAGGAGCUGGAGAAGCUGAAGCGCAAGCUGGACGGGGAGGCAGGGGACCUGCAGGAGCAGGUGGUGGAGCUGCAGCAGCAGCUGGAGGAGCUCCGGCAAGCGCUGGCAAGGAAGGAAGCCGAGCUACAGGCAGCGCUGGCCAGGGUGGAGGAGGAGUCCGCGCAGAAGAACGCCGUGCUGAAGUCCCUUCGCGAGCUGCAGGCGCAGCUGGCUGAGCUGCAGGAGGACAUGGAGUCCGAGAAGGCGGCCCGCGCCAAAGCCGAGAAGCAGCGGCGGGACCUGGGCGAAGAGCUGGAGGCCCUGAAGACGGAGCUCGAGGACACCUUGGACUCGACGGCCGCGCAGCAGGAGCUACGGUCGAAGAGGGAGCAAGAAGUAACUGAGCUGAAGAAGACCAUUGAGGACGAGGUCAAAGUGCACGAAGCCCAGGUGCUGGAGAUGCGCCAGCGGCACACGUCUGCCCUGGAGGAGCUGUCGGAGCAGCUGGAGCAGUCACGCCGGUUCAAAGUUACCCUGGAGAAGACCAAGCAGGCCCUGGAAGGGGAGAACGUGGAGCUGCAGAAGGAGGUGAAGGUCCUGCAGGCAGCCAAGCUGGAGUCGGAGCAGCGGCGCAAGAAGCUGGAAAGCCAAGUCCAGGAGCUGCAGCUGCGGGCCACUGACGGUGAAAGAGUCAAAGCUGAGCUAAUGGAGAGGCUGGGGAAGCUGCAGAACGAACUCGACGGAGUCUCCGGUACCCUUGGAAGUGCAGAGUCCAGGGCGAUAAAGCUUGCCAAAGAUCUGGCCAGUGUAGAAUCCCACCUGCAAGAUUCCCAGGAACUGCUCCAGGAAGAGACGCGGCAGAAACUGAAUCUGAGUUCUCGAGUCCGGCAGCUGGAAGAGGAAAAAGCUGGUCUGCUGGAGCAGCUAGAGGAGGAGGAGGCUGCCAAGGGGAACUUCACCCGCCAGAUCCAGAGCUUACAGCAGCAGGUGAUGGAGACCAAGAAGAAGCUGGAGGACGAUGCUGGGGUAGCCGAAGCAAUAGAGGAGGCUCGGCGCCGGGCAGCCAAGGACCUGGAGGCUCUCUCCUUGCGCUACGAGGAGCGGGUCCAGGCCUGCGACAAGCUGGAGAAAGGACGGACCCGGCUGCAGCAGGAGCUGGACGAUGUCACCGUCGCCCUGGACCAGCAGCGCCAGGUGGUCUCCGCCCUCGAGAAGAAGCAGAAGAAAUUCGACCAGAUGCUGGCCGAGGAAAAGCUGAUCUCUGCCCGCUACGCCGAGGAAAGGGACCGAGCGGAAGCAGACUCCCGGGAGAAGGAGACCAAGGUGCUCUCGCUGAGCCGUGCCCUGGAGGAGGCUCUGGAGACACGGGAGGAGCUGGAGAGGCAGAACAAGCAGCUGCGGGCAGAAAUGGACGACCUGGUCAGCUCUAAGGACGACGUCGGCAAGAACGUGCAUGAGCUGGAGCGUUCGAAGCGGGCCCUGGAGCAACAGGUGCAGGAAAUGCGAGCCCACCUGGAGGAGCUGGAAGACGAGCUUCAGGCCACGGAGGACGGGAAGCUCCGCCUGGAGGUCAACAUGCAGGCCCUGAAGGCCCAGCACGAGAGGGAGCUGCAGAACCGCGACGAUGCCAACGACGACAAGAAGAAGCUGCUUGGGAAACAGGUGCGGGAGUUGGAGGCUGAACUGGACGCGGAGAGGAAGCAACGGGCCCAAGCGCUUGCAGCCCGGAAGAAGCUGGAGCUUGAUCUUCAGGAGGCGCUGGCACAGCUGGAUGCGGCCAACAAGGGACGGGACGAAGCAGGGAAGCAGCUGCGAAAAUUGCAGGCCCAGAUGAAGGAGCUCUGGCGGGAAGUGGAGGAAGCCCGUGCAGCCCGCGAAGAGAUCUUCAUUCAGUCCCGCGAGAGCGAGAAGAAGCUGAAGAAUCUGGAGGCAGAGUUGUUGCAGCUGCAGGAGGAACUGGCAGCGUCAGAGCGAGCCAAGAGGCAGGCGCAACAGGAGCGGGACGACCUGGCGGAUGAGCUGGCCAAUGGGAACAGCGGCAAGUCUGCUCUCAUGGAUGAAAAGCGCCACCUCGAGGCCAGGAUCGGUCAGCUGGAGGAAGAGCUGGAUGAGGAGCAGAGCAACAUGGAGCUCAUGAACGACCGAUACCGCAAGCUCAGCAUGCAGGUGGAAACACUCACCACAGAGCUGGCAGCGGAGCGCAGCUUCUCGCAGAAGGCCGAGAACGCCCGGCAGCAGCUGGAGCGCCAGAACAAAGACCUGAGGGCCAAGCUGGGAGAGAUGGACUCCUCUGUCAAGUCCAAGUACAAGAUGGCCAUCGCAACCCUGGAGUCCAAGGUGGCCCAGUUGGAGGAGCAGUUGGAGCAGGAGUCCAGGGAGAGGAUUCUAUCAGGGAAACUUGUGCGGAGGGCAGAGAAGAAACUCAAGGAGGUGAUUCUGCAAGUGGAUGAAGAGAGGAGGAACGCAGAUCAGUACAAAGAUCAGGUUGAAAAGAGCCACCUGCGGCUAAAGCAACUCAAGCGACAGCUCGAAGAAGCAGAAGAGGAGGCCUCACGGGCCAACGCCAGCCGCCGCCGCAUGCAGCGCGAACUCGAGGACGUCACCGAGUCAGCCGAGUCCAUGAAUCGCGAGGUGACCAGCCUGCGGAAUCGUCUCAGCAAGUUAGAACGCCGGCAGCGGAAACGCACCCCUCUGAGCUUCACCACCCGAACUGUGCGGCAGGUGUUCCGCCUGGACGGCGUCUCAGACGAGGAGACCGAAGACCCGGAGAGCGACUCUCCGUCUGCAAACCACCAGCCUCCUACGCCCCUGACGCCCUCUCAGGGGCAGCAGCCGGCCCCCCCUGCGGAGCCAGCCCAGACUGAAUGAGGCAGGGAUGUCAGACCCCAGGGGGUGGAUCGCAAGACCAGGGGCGGGGAGUAGGAACCCCAACCUUGCUACACUGUCUGACAUGUAUACAAAAAAAAAAAAGGAACCCCCUCCCAACACUUGCCCCCACCCUCCAGCUUCUCUUUCAAGGGUCUCCCAGCUCUCCUAUCAGGCUGCACUUUAAUAUCAACCACCCCUGAGGGGUGGGAAAUCUGGGAGGAGGGAGGUUCAGGGGUCAGGAUUUUAACUAUAUCCCUUUAAAAAGAAAAAGGAAAAUCCAACUCUCAAAUAGCCAUUGCUUCUCCGGCACCACCUCUCCCUCCCCCAUCCAAAACCCAUCUUUCUCUUCUCUCCUCCCAGCUCCAGUACAGAUAUAUAUAUAAAGAACUCCUUGCCCACUACUAAGGAAAAAUAUACAUAUCAAAGUUCGGGCAUCGAAGUGGCAAAUGUACACAGACUGGGGUGGGGAAGGGAUGGCUCUAUGCAGCCCUGCUUCUCGGGGUUCGUGCAGCGAUCGAUCCCCUUGCCUGGCACCCAAAUGCACCCAAGCCCCGGAUGGAGACAGCUGCUUUCUCGCAGGGAGACCCUUUGCUCUCAGCGCUGAGGGGCAGCUGUGUCGGGUGUGGGGGCCUUCUGCUCCCUUUGGUUCCAGCCACUCCAUCUCGUCUCCUUGCCUUCCCGUUCCCCUUCUUCCCAGCGGGGUGAUGGGGGAGCUGGAGGAGUGAGUCCUUGGGAUGCCUUCACAUGAAGGAUACAUGUGGAGAUUUUUUUUUAUCAUCUCUGGAAGGCGGCUUCUCUCCAGCACACCUUAGCCUGCUGGAGUUACUCUCUGGACCUCCCACCUGCCUUUCACACCUGCCCAGACUGUGGGCAGAGGAAGAUGCAGAAUGAACUGGAAACCAUUCAUCUCAGCCUGCCUUCUCUCGUUUUGGACUGGGAUUUGGAUCUCGCCCUCUCUGCAUAUCAUUGUCAGCAGCCAAGAGCACUUUGAUCUCCUCCUCCUCUCCUCUUGCCACCAUCCCUAAACCUGCUGUGGUGGUGGGUUGCGUGAGGAAGCCAGGAUUUGCAAACCCUGUAGAUUCAAUAGCAACGACAGGCCACAAGCUGGCCAGUUUCAUCUUGCCUGAUUGCACGUGUGUGGAAUUCUGCUAUGUACUGUGCACAGAAUUUGAGUUCUAGGGACUCUCUGCAUUCCUUUUUCUUUUUCGUUUUUUGGUCUUCCUCCAAUCCAAUAGAGGGGAAAAGAACAAGCCAAGUUGCUGGUCCUUGUGAGCUGUGGAUAUACAUUCAAAAACUUCCAGAUGAACGUCUGCAGAAACCUCUG